UUCAUUGCGCAAAAUCGCGGAUCGCGUCCUGUGCUUACCCCAACCAACAACAAAUAGUGCCUGAAAUAGUUUCGGCAAUUAUGCAAAAAACUGUUAUUAUUUAACAAGAUCGGGUGUUUUUAUAAUGAUUAAUAAAACCACGGAGUUAGUUAUCGAUAAAAUCUGCCGUUCAUGUAUGUGCCAAAAUGAGAAUAUGCGAAAUGUGUUCGAUUCCAAAGAGCUCGGCGGCCAAACUUUACAACUCGCUGAGAUGCUAAUGGACUGCGCUGCCGUUGUUAUUGCCUCAGGGGACGGCCUUCCCAACCUUUUGUGCAUAACCUGCGAAGACAAGCUCAACCUCGCCUACGAGUUCAAGCAGCAGUGCCAGAAGUCCGACACGACUCUGCGGGAGCUCACCAACCAGUCAGACUCCGUGAUCAAGGAGGAGACCUGCGAUAUAGUCGUCCAGCCUGACUUCAACAUCCCAGAGCUUUACAAUGACACGGACAGCGAAGAUGACGACUCGAAGCCCAAGUCUUUCACGUGCCCCUUCUGCCAGAAGGUGCUAAGGACGAAGAAGGGACUCCGCAUCCACCAGCGGCGCCACACGGGGGACAAACUGCGCUCCUGCCAUUUGUGCAACGCUCAGUUCACGAGGACUCAUCACCUGAUCAGGCACAUGAAGACGCACGUGAAGGGGGGCGACACGGGGCACGUGUGCGGCGAAUGCGGAAUGUCUUUCAUGAAACUGAGUCACUUGCUCUCGCACAAGAAGACUCAUAAGGGGGAUAAGAGCGAUGAGGGCGAAAGCGGGCAGCAGUCCACGGCUGCGGAUAAUAACAGUGAUUGCGAUAAUGAUAUAACGUUGGAGAUCAACGAGGAUGAGGACGACGACGAUGAUGAUGCUUUGGAGGAGUAUUUUAAGCCAAAGACGAAAACGUCGAAAAAAGAUAAAGGGACUUAUGAAUGUAAAUUUUGUUUUAAGAUUAUGACGACGUUUGUCGGGCUUAAGAUACACAUGAGGAGGCAUACGGGGUCAGACUUGGCUAAGUGUAAAUUAUGUGACAAAAGCUUUACGAAAACCAGCCACCUGAAGCGCCACCUCCAAACCCACGGCAUCAAAGAGCUCGACAAGCCGAAACCCGCCGAAAAGAAAGUAAUGGAAUGCGAAUUCUGCGACCGAAAAUUCAAAUACAAGAAAAGUUUCAACCACCACAUGCAAACCGAGCACGGGAUGUCGGACGAAAGCGACGUUCCUCUCAGUGCUUACAUUUCAAAAAUGAAAGAGCCCGAAGAAUCCAAAGAGGAUUCGAGCGAAAAGCCCGAAAAGACGGACGAGGCGGAGCCGAGUUCGGAUCAAGACACGAAAGAGGAAAUUCCGCCGGUGGCGAAACCCGUCCACCACAAGGUCCACGUGUGUCACGUGUGCGAGGCAGCGUUCGCACGAGCCAAUCAUUUGACACGACACAUGACCUUGCACAGGGCACUCUUGAUACACAAGUGCGACAGGUGCGACAAGGCCUAUGCGACCUUGGAGCAUUUGGCCAAACAUGUGGAGGAGGACCAUAUUAAUAAGCCGUAUGCGUGUACGAUUUGUAAUAAACCGUUCAGUAGAGGGGAACAUUUGAUAAGACAUUUGAAGGUGCAUCAAACCGGGAACGAGAAAGAGGAUAAUUUGACGUGCUCAAUAUGCGAAAAGACUUUCAGCAGGUCGGAUCAUUUAGCGCGCCAUAUUAAAAUACAUUUGUUGCAAGACAAGAGACAUGUUUGUUCCGAGUGUGGUAAAGCGUUUAAUCGACUCGAUAAUCUCAAGACUCAUCAGAGGAUCCAUACGGGUAUCAAAGAUACUACGAAAUUGCAUCUUUGUAUUUAUUGCGGCAAGGAGUUUAAUAAUUCGAGCAAUAUGAUUGUUCAUAUGAGACGACAUACGGGGGAAAGACCGUAUAAAUGCAGUCAGUGUGGUAAGGGCUUUCCCAGAUCGCAUGAUCUCAAGUGUCAUGAAAGGACACACUCAGGGGAAAAACCCUACCAUUGCGCGUUGUGUGGGAAAUCAUUCAAUAAGAGCAAUAAGUUGUUACGCCACACGCGCGUCCACACCGGCGAGCGCCCCUACGUGUGCAACAUUUGCGGACGGGCCUUCACCCAGUCCAACGACUUGGCGCUCCACAUGCGCCGGCACACGGGGGCGCGGCCCUACGCCUGUGGCAUGUGUCCGGCGCGUUUUAUCCAAUCCGGACAGUUGAAAACCCACCGACGUACCACCGGCCAUUGGGUGGAGACCCAGCCGGACCUGAAAGGGGGCCACCGGGUCGAGCCUGUCACCCCCGUGAUGGAGCCCACCCCCAUUCGGUUCAAAACCCACGGCAAGAAAAAGGACGACGAGGUGGACGAAGCCAAGGGCAAAAUUCUGGCCCAUACGAUGGGCCUGAUGGGGCCGUUGAACGUCUCAGGGGAGAAUCUGGUGAUUGACCCGAAAAUUGUCGAAUUGCAAAAUUCGGGUUUGAUCAAUUUGAUGGGUGCAGGGGAGGUGAAGUUCAAAGAGGGCGGGUUUGUGGUGUCGCAGGUGAAGAGUGAGGGGGAGAAGGUUCAAGGGUUUGGGCAAGGGGGCGCCGUGACGUACUCGAUAGUGGCGCCCGUGGCGAGUUCGACGACUUUCACGGCCGCGGAUUAUAGCAAUUAUCAGAAUUUCGGUUGAAUAGGAGAGUAAUUUAAGUGAUAACUUAGUUAUUGUGUGUUUGAGUAAGAAGUGUCUGAAAAAUAAGAGGGCGACACGCGUGACUGAUGUGCCAGUUUGAAGUACGAGUAGUUUCGAACUACAGCGCCAGUUCGGAUUCAGUUUUCAUAGUCUGAUCAAUGUAUAUUUGUCAGUUCGUGUUUACUAUUAAGAAUCUAUGAAUAAACUUAAUAUAUUCUGAUAUGAAAAAUCA